UCCUUCCUCCAUCUUAAUCCUGUUGAUAGAGUGCAAAAGAUGACUGUGAAAGAUUUUCCUGAAGAAUGUUGGGAAUCAGUAUUCAGAUUCCUUGGCCUUGGUCAUCAUCAUUUGGAGUCUUUAUCUCUGGUUUGCAAGCAGUUUCUUGCCAUUACAAAUAGGCUUCAAUUCUCUCUCACAGUGUAUGAUCCAACCAUUCCACUUCUUCCUCGGUUGUUGCUUAGAUUUCCAAGGCUCAAAAUCUUAGACCUGAGUCUCUUGAAUGGCCACCAUGAAGGCUUGCUUCGUCAAAUUUCACAAUCUGGGUUGGAGCUUGAUUUGAUUAAUCUAUCCAACCAGAGAACACUUCCUGUUGAUGGCUUGCGAGAACUUGGCUCAAACAUGAAAAAUUUGAGGGUUCUGAUCUGCUCAAACAUUGGCUCUCUUCGUGAUAGUCAUCUGGUAAUCAUAGCUUAUUGUUUCCCAUUGCUUGAAAAGCUUGACAUAAGCUUCCCAUUGAAUUCUCAAGCAUCUGAUUUUGGGGUUCUAAGGCUGUCUUCUAUGCUUGAGAAUCUUCGCAAGAUUAAUAUCUCUGGUAAUCAUUUGAUCACUGAUAAAUCAUUGUUCUCUCUUUGCCAAAACUGUUUGUCAUUGGAAGAGAUUUCAUUCUUCAUCUGUUUUAAGAUCACUCAAACAGGCAUUGCCUCUGCGAUCCGCCUCAGACCCGGUUUGAGCUCCAUUGCCUUUAACAUUGAAAAGAAAAGAAUACAUGGACCUGGUUUAACACUCACCCCCAUUGACUUCAAUUUGAUCGAUUCAUUCAGGACUUUGAAAAGGUUAACUGCUAUUGAUUUGUCGAAUUCUGUUAUCUCGGAUGAGUUUCUCUUUGCGGUUGCAGAAGGUGCAGGUCUUCUGCUAAAGAAGCUUAUCCUCCAAGACUGUUGCAAUUGUACAUUUUCAGGAAUCUCUUAUGUGUUAUCCAAAUGCCAAUCUGUUCAAUGCUUGGAUCUUCGGAAAGUUGAUUUCUUAACUGAUCAAUGUAUCAGCAAGUUAUCUGUAUUUCUUCUUAGCCUAACCACUAUAAACCUCAGUGGUUGUUGCCAGCUGACAAAUUCAACAUUUUUCAUUCUCACAAGAAACUGUCCUUUGCUCAGUGAGAUCAAAAUGGAAAGGACAUAUCUUGGGGUGGAAGGGGAAGAAGAUUCAAUGAGGGAUUUUGCUGUCAACCUUGAAGUGAAAAAGGUGUUUUUGGGUGAUAAUGUUUUGCUGAGUGAUGCAAGUUUGGUAAAAUUCGUUUCCAUUUGCCCCAGUUUGCAGCUUCUUGACUUAAUCGGUUGUGAGGGUGUUUCUGGUGAAGGUGUUGUUGAGGUUUUGAAGAGAUGCAGUGAGAUAAGGCAUUUGAACCUGGCUAAUACAGGUAUGGAAGUGUUUGAUAUAGACUUUGAAGUUUCGAACCUGAAGGUGUUGAACUUGUCAGGGUCAAAAAUUGAGGAUGAAACUCUCUCAGUAAUUUCAAGAAGGUGUGGUGGACUACUACUUCUGGACAUUCAGAGUUGCUGGCAUGUUACAGCAAAGGGUGUUAGAGAAGUAGUACAAAACUGCAAGACAUUGAAGGAGUUGAAUCUGAAGAAUUGUAGGUUGGUGAGUGAUGAUUUUGUUGCUUGGUUGGAGUUUUCAAAACCAUCAUUGAGAAUAAUAGUCACACCUACUGAUGUUGGUGCUUAUUUCUGAUAUGAAGCUGAGGAAAAUCAUUGAGAUGUGGACACCGUCUUGGUUGUUAGAGUGUUAAGAAUCAUGUGUGUUAAGGGUAGUGCUAUUUUAACAACACAUUCCACAACAAAGGAAAAGAAAAAGUAAAGUGAAGAGACCAAAAUAUGUAAAAUAAGAUGGAUGAUUUGAUGAAUUUUUUUUUAUGGGAAUUUAUUGUUAAAAUAGCAUUGCACUGAUAAUAGCAUUUUUAUGAAAGUUGGAAGUCGUAGCUGUGUUGUGUGUGAAUUUUUUUUGUAUGUUGAUAUUUCGUGUUUGAGGAAAAAGUUGAGGCAUGUAACAUUUGAAUUUGUUGUUUUUGAGAAGAAGAAAAUAAUAUAAUAUCACAUUAUAUUAUGUAAUAUUAUGUAACUACUAAUAGCAUGCAAACAACAUAAAUUAUAUUAAUUUUUUUGUUGAAUUUUAAGUGUGAAAAUAAAUUUAUUUUCAUUCAAUCAUAAGGUGGCCUAACAUCAUAUGAUCACGAUUUUGCGGUCUGGAUCAUUUACUAACAACAUUUGUAUCAGACCAAUAGAGAACAUAGACGAGCUGAGGCAGUGAGUUGCUGAAUAUUAAUACGAGUUGAAGAAAGGAGACUUUCGACAACAAAUAAAACAAAAAGUCUCAACGAGUGAUAAAAAGGCAGAAAAGAAACCGCAUAGGAAAGAGAGUGACACUCACCCCAAGGAGCUGCUAAGGGGCCACAAUUUCACUAGUAUUGUCCUCUUAGUGCACCCAAGACAAAGAUACUUGAAAAAGCUCUAAGUAUCGAGUUGCUCGCCCCUUUGAAGAAGAAGUUCACCCCUCAAAAUGCUAACGUCAAUAAGCAUGCAUGUACUAUAAGAAUAUGGGGCACACAGAGGAGGAAUGCACCACCAAUCAUGAGAAAAUAGAUAAGCUGAUCCGAGUAAGCCACCUCAAGAAAUGCAUUAAAAACGAGCGAGAGGAGAGAAGCCUACCUUGCAGGUGUACUCUUCAGAGAAGUAUUCGCCGCAGUUUGAGAACAGAGUAUCGUAGAGAACUUUCCGAUACACAUAUGUUGAAUGUCUUCUAGGUCAAUGGGCCUUGCUUUAAACAUAGGUGAAGCGCCUUCAUGGUUCAACACCUAGGUUGAAUGUCUUCUAGGUUGAUGAACCUUGUUUAGCACAUAGGUUAAACAACACAAGGCUAAAAGUCUUCUAAAUUGAUAGGCCUUGUUUAGCCCAUAUAUUAGAUGCCUUUAUUGUUUAAAACAAGUUGAACACUUAGGCCUAUGAGCCUUGUUUAGUAUAUAGACUAAAUAUCUUUAUGACUCAAUGAUGAACAUUUGACAAGUGUACCAAUCGUUAUUGUAGUAACAAAAUAUC